AUUGGAUAUUGGAAAAUUGUGUGAUAGGUCAAGGGGGUUAUUUUGGAAGCUUAAGGUCACUUGGUUGUCAAUUAGACUGCAGAUUGCAUCCAUCUGUCAGAGAUGAAAGUUUUUGUUCGCGAGUGUAAAACCGAUAAACUACUGCUUACUUGGGAGAACGUCCCAAACAACGCAACAAUUCUCGAUCUAAAAAAUAAAAUUUUUUCAGAAAAUAAAAAGGUUUCAAUAAUCCGACAAAGCAUUCGUGUAGAACCUCGUGGAAAAUCAUUAAAUGACAAUAAACGAAUAUGUGAAUUUGAAAAUACAGAUAAAUCUGAAUGUGUUAAUUUAUAUUUACGGGAUAUAGGACCACAAAUUGGUUGGCGUACUGUAUUUUUAGUUGAGUAUACAGGACCACUAGUCAUAUAUGUUAUCAUUUGGUUACUUCGACAACCUUCAUUAAAAAAUAAUCUACUUCCUCCUAUUUCAUCUGAUUUGUAUUUAAGAAAAGUUGCUUUAGUAUGUUGGUCUGGACAUUAUAUUAAACGUCUACUGGAAACUGUGUUCAUUCACCGAUUUUCUCAUGCUACAAUGCCAUUACGUAAUUUAUUCAUCAAUUGUUCAUAUUACUAUGGAUUCGCUUUGUUUAUUGGGUAUUUUACAAAUCAUCAUUUAUACACACCACCAACAUUUGGUCAUACACAAAUAGUAAUUGGCUUCAUCCUUUUCAUGAUUGGUGAAUGGGGCAAUUUUUCAUGUCAUUUAGCAUUGAAACGUCUUCGACCAGCUGGUUCAACAAUUCGACAAAUACCUUAUCCAAUGCCUAAUUGGUGUUUCACUCGUCUAUUUAAUUUAGUAGCAUGUCCUAAUUAUACUUAUGAAAUUAUAUCAUGGAUUGGUUUUACUAUUAUGACACAAACUUUACCAGCUCUCAUAUUCACUUUAUGUGGAUUUCGUCAAAUGAGUGUAUGGGCUAUUAAUAAAUUAAAAGCAUAUCGUCGUGAAUUUGCAAAUUUCCCUAAACAACGUAAAGCAAUUGUACCAUUUAUGCUCUAAAUUAAUUUUUAAAACAAAUUUUAUUCUCAUUAUUUUGUAAUGUCAUAAUCAUGCGCAUCACUAUGUGUGUAUGUGUGUGUACUUGUGUGUACGUGUGUAUGUCAUGUCAUCCCAGUUUUGUAUUUCCUUUUUAAAAUGUAAACAGAAAAUAAAAGCUGUAUUUUGUUUCUGCACUUUUGAAACUAAAAGA